UUCUGUGUCACUUUAAUCUUUGAACCCAACGGAACACCGACACACCACUUCCUCCAGAGAUCCACGGACUGUCAGAUCACUGCUCUGAUCAUGGAGAUUUCAUUUCGAGGCAAACACGCUCUGGUCACGGGAGCAGGAAAAGGGAUCGGCAGGGCCACGGCUCUGGCUCUGGCACGCUGCGGGGCAGAGGUCACGGCAGUCACGCGCACACAGGCCGACCUGGACAGCCUGCUGCAGGAGUGCGCCUCCAUCAGGCCGGUAUGUGUGGACUUGUCAGACUGGGGGGCCACUGAGGCGGCCCUGCAGCAUGUCGGCCCCAUCGACCUGCUGGUGAAUAACGCUGCCUGUGCCAACCUGCAGCCGUUUCUGGAGGUCACACCUGACAAGUUUGACCAGGCAUUCAGUGUGAAUGUGAAAGCUGUGCUGCAUGUGUCCCAGAUAGUAGCUCGUGGUAUGAAGGCCAGAGGAUCAGGAGGCUCCAUUGUUAACGUGUCCAGCCAGGCCUCACAGUGCGCCCUCAGAGACCAUGCCGUCUAUUGUGCAACAAAAGGAGCCCUGGACAUGCUGACUAAAGUGAUGGCUUUGGAGCUGGGACCACAUCAGAUCCGUGUGAACAGUGUGAACCCUACAGUGGUGAUGACUGAGAUGGGCCGUCUGGGCUGGAGCGACCCUGAAAAGUCCAAGACCAUGACGUCCCGCAUCCCCCUCGGCCGCUUCGCAGAGGUGGAGGACGUGGUGAACAGUAUUUUAUUCCUGUUGAGUGAUAAGAGCAACAUGACCAACGGAGUCACUCUGCCGGUGGAUGGAGGCUUCCUGGCCUGCUGACCUCCGUAAGCCUCGCUGUGGAGCAUCGUCCUUCUGUUAGGGAGGAACAGAAACACUUCCUAUUUGGUCACUUGGCCACACACUGCACCAAGAGGUCAAUCUUAUUCUCGAAAUAAACUCAGCCACUGCACAACUCA